AUGGCCAGAAACAAUAAAAAUCAAUUUGGUUUGAUUAUUCUUGGAAAUAGUGGUGUUGGAAAAAGUUUCCUAGCUAAUAUUCUACUCGACAGAGAAAUAUUCAAACAUGAAUUCUCUGCUAGAUCUGUUACUCAUCGCACCGAGUUUCAGGAAAUUACUUUUGAUGAUCAUCAUUAUGCUAUUUUUAAUAUUCCAGGUUUAAUUGAAGCUGAUCAAACUCGUGUUGACAUCAAUAAACGUGAAAUCGAUCAAGCAUUCACUCAACGACCAAACUCGCUUAUUAUAUAUGUUUUUGGACAGCAAAACGGUCGUAUUCGUGAUGAAGAUGUGGUUGCAUUCAAUGCCAUUAAUGCCGCAUAUCCAUUGAAUAUCGAGUCACUCUUAUUAGUAGUCAAUGGUCUUCCAGCAACUCGACCAAAGAACUAUGAAGGUGAAGUAAUGCUCAUGUUACAAGAUAUUAUUCAAGUGCCAAUUGCGGCAGAGAGAGUGUGCUUUUUAAAUCACAUCGAUCGAGAAAAUUCGAACGAACGACAAGCACUAAGAAAACAAUUAUUAAGUUUUAUUGUCGAGUUAUCGCCAACUGAACAUGUCAAAGCGCAUGAUAUCCAUUUAAAUGUUGAGGAAGUUGCUAUGUUGAAAAAACAGAUCGAAGAAAUGGCCAAAGAGUUUAAUGCAAACAAGGUUCAUUUUGAAGAUGAAAUUCGUCAACAACAAAAACGUUAUGAUGAUCUUAUUACGCAUCAGAAGGCUGAGACGGAGAGUUAUCAUCGUAUUAUUGAACGGCAGGCUGAGGAAGCUAAAGAAAUGCGCCAGAGUCAAGAAGCACAAGUCCAGCAGAUGCAACAACAAUUGGAAACAAUGCAGCAGGAGCACCAGCGACUUAGAGACGAAAUGGCGACUAAAACCAAAGCAGAAGCACAAGCUAUGCAAAGAGCCUUAGAGGCUUCAAAUCAAGCACAACUUGCAUUAAUGAACAAAAUGGUAGAAAUUCAAAGUCGCCCACCAACUGUCAUCGAGCAGUCGAGACGGCCAAGUGUAUGUGUUUAUUAUGCAAAAUGA